AUGGGAUUCGGCUAUGGUUAUCCUCCUCCACCGACAGCACCACCAACCCAUCCGCAUGCUCUGUUCUCCCCACUGCAGCAUAACCCAAAUCACAAUCCACAUCAUCAUCAUCAUUCUCACCACCAUCCACAACACGGACCAACAGCGGCCGCCGCCGGGCCGCCUCCACCGGGAGGGGCACCAGCACCUCCGUUCGGUCCCAUACAUGGCAAUCCACACCAGCCGGGUUUGUCCGUUACACAGGCUCAUGGAGCACCAAUGAGUAAUCUGACACAUUCGUUUGCCCCAGCUCUUUCACCUGGCCUGAGUGCCACUAUGUUAAUGGGUCAUCCGGGACCGGCCGGACCGUACGCGGGUUCGCAUCUCACACAAUCCGCUAAUUCUGCAGUAAACGGAACUGCCAUAGGUCCAAGCCAAUCGGGGCCAGCUCCACCGCCGCCAAUUCCUGGUGCAUUGGCCAUGGCUUCGAUGAACUACUGGCCUAAUGCGGCUUCCGGUUUGACCCAUCUGUCCACAGCUGAUUUUUCCUUAACAACUCAUUUGUCUGCUGGAGGUGCGCCGUCCGGUACAAAUGGAUUCACCACGACUGGUCCAGAACAAACCUCUCCCGAGGGUUUGGCAAGUUCCCAUUUGACGAAUGGGAACCAACCAAGUGGUCUGUGUAGUGUAUUCAUGUCCCCGCAUUCCGCUACCCCAGCCUUAGGUCGAGUGCACGAAGAUGCUAUCGGUGGAGGCUUAUUGGGUGAAUUCGUACCGUGUAUGGGAGUGAAAGAUCCUAAUGCCGGGUCAGAUGGUCGUGCACCAAAUAAUCUUCCUGGCCUCUAUGCUCCAACAGCCCCUGGGUCGACCACUUCAUCCACAUCGGGUGCACUGAAGUUGACAAGCGGAUCUCUUCGCACAGGAUCUCCACCACCAUCACCAUCAGCGCAUGUAACAACGGCGGUCUCCACAGGCAACGGUCCCUCCGCAUCAUCUCAACCACCCUCAAGCUCAUUCGUCGCGAAACAGGGUUUGAAAUCACGUUACUUCCAAAAGGGUAGUAGUCAUUCAACAUAUCCGUCACAAAUGCACCCCGGACCAGGUGGCCGAGGUAACCGGAACACCGUUGUUGCCGUAAAAGUUGGGACAAAAGAAAAACCAGCAGAGUUGACAAACGGAUCACGCCACUCGGCCUUUGAAGUUCGUGGUAAGAAUGGAAACACCGGAUCAACUAGUCCAGUGUUAGACAGUGAAGAAAAUUUAAAAACAUCUGAAAAGAAAUUCAAGUCGUCUGCCAAGGUGAAAUCAAUGGAUCCCAGUUGGCAAGAUAUGGAACGGGAAUCGGUGAAUAAAGAUGGUCGAUCGACAGCGGAACAUUCUCCGUUGGAUUCAAUUGAACAGGGUAUUCUCGAUCUAUCUCUGAUCUCUGAUGCCGCUGGUCAAUCGUCGAGCGAAUUGGAAAUUGUUUCAUCCACACUGGAAACUACCAAAUAA